CUCUCUGUGUGAUGUGUCUAUUUGAAGACAUGGUAUAAACCUUUCCCCAAACACUCUCUGUGUACUCUUCAUCUCUCCAAUGUUGGGUGAUGAAGAGAACAGAAACAGAGGAAUCAUAAACAGAGUAUCAUCAUCAUCAACGACAACUUCAAAAUCAUCAUCAAUAUCUUCGUCAUCCUCAUUCUCACCUUCUAUUUUCCACCCAAACCCUAGGCUUAAAACCAUGGAAGAGGUCUGGAAGGACAUCAACCUUGCCUCUCUUCAUGACCACUCCAUCAGUGACAACUCUGACACCACCCGCUACCGUGGCAUGAUCUUCCAGGACUUCUUGGCCCGACCCUUUAACAAGGACCCACCUACGAGCGUCGCCGGCGCCUCCAGAUCUCCGCCGGCGCCGCCUGCUCCGGCCACCGUGCUGAGCUUGAAUUCCGGGCCUGAGUUCCAAUUUCUCAGUAACUCCGACCCAUUAGGCCAAAACUUGAUCUUUCCGCCCCAACCCAUGUCGAAUGUGUGUUCUAUGAGUCACCCAUUUGACUCUUUGGCGGCUGCUUCUAACUUGCCGGCGUUUGGGAAGAAGAGGUUCCCGGACUCUGACAACAAUUCCGGCGACCGACGACAUAAGCGAAUGAUCAAGAACAGAGAGUCAGCUGCUCGAUCAAGGGCUAGAAAACAGGAAUGACACUCUGCUUACACAAAUGAAUUGGAGCUAGAAGUUGCACAUUUGAUGGAAGAAAAUGCCAGACUCAAAAAACAGCAACAACAGUUGUGUUUAGCUGCGGCUAAUCAACCACCCAAAAAGCACACUCUCCAACGAACAUCAACAGCUCCAUUUUGAGAAGUUUCAGUGGCUUCCUAGAGAGAGAGAGAGAGAGAGAGAGAGAGUGACUACUGGAGGGGGUGUAUGUUGUAAGGUUUUGAUGGGUUAGGGCGAAAAUCACUCUCUAAAUAGUGGUGGUUUUAGGAAAGGAUUGGAGACAAUGAAAAGUUGGUGUUUUUGCAUUUCCAAACAAGAAAGGGGAUUUUUAGUGGGUCCUUGCUAAAUUGUCUUACAUUUUCUUGCUUUGACUUGACUCUCUGUCUCUCUAUAUGUAUAUAUUUGUUUAUAUAGUAUAUUUUAUUUGGGCUUUUGGCUAACCUUUGUAUAAAGACUUGAUGAGGAUAC